UAAGGAAGAAUAUCUAACUCGUCACCAUGAGCGCCGCAGCAGCAUCUCCAGCUAAAAAAGUAAAGAAGGCAAGCAAGCCUAAGGUUCCAGCAGCCCAUCCUACUUAUGCUGCUAUGAUUGCUUCAGCUAUCGGAUCCCUGAAGGAGAGAGGAGGCUCGUCCAAAGUCGCCAUUACCAAAUACAUCCUGAAAAACUUCAAGGUUGGUAAUGACACUACCAAGAUCAACACCCGAGUUAAACUUGCGCUCAGAAGCAGCGUAAAGAAGGGAACACUGAAGCAAGUAAAAGGCACCGGAGCUUCUGGCUCAUUCAAACUGGGAGAAAAGCCCAAGGCAGCCAAGAAACCAGCAGCCAAGAAAGUAACGAAACCAAAGAAGGCCGCAGCAUCUAAACCCAAGAAAGCCUCUGGCGAAAAGAAAGCAAAGAGCCCAAAGAAAGCCAAGAAGCCCGCAGCUAAGAAACCUGCCGCCAAGCCAAAAGCCAAGACUCCGAAGAAGGCAGCCAAGAAGCCAGCAGCAAAGAAACCAGCAGCAAAAAAGCCCGCAGCUAAGAAAGCAGCCAAGAAGCCCGCCAAGAAGUAAACACUUUUCAGUGUUUGGUCGUAACUGACCCCCCAACCCUAAAAGUCCUUUUCAGGACUACCCACUUUUCUCAAAAAGUGUCAAAUGACAACUCGAAUUUACGCAUUUAUUCCAGCUUCGCAUGUUCCACCCGUGAGUGAAAUUGUAACGGCAACUUCUCUCCUCCGGGCCUAUCAUUCUGACAAUGGACAUGCCACGGGCGUCCCACACAAGGCUCUAGAUGUUUGAGAUGUAGGUUUUGUUUGUACGAAUUUAACGCCCUCGCGACCACAAAGAUCAUGUGUGUCCCAAGUAUAGACACUUACGGCGGAAAACAGAGCAUAUAGUCGGGAGAGAAAGGGAAAUACAAAAAUCUGUCAAUCUAUUUGAAAUUGUCUCAGGAUGUAAAAAUCGUUUGAUAGAACUGGUAGGAGAUCGGGGAUCCCUAUUCCUGGACACAAGAAUGACACAGAAACCUAAUGCAAGGUGGCAGAAUGUGCAACAGAUUCGAAACGGAAAGCAAUCACAUUCUCAGAUCAAUAAAUUGACAAUCACAUAGCACAGCAAAAUCAUGGUGUUGGCUGGUGCAAUUCCAACGUGGUUAACAGAGUGCAACUUUGCGAGCUGAAUGUAAAGAAAAUCAUCCGGAAACGCUGUAAUGGGUCGAUUCUAAAUCGAGAUGAGGGGGUCCAUACACUCUUCUACCUCUACGAUAAGCUAGUUGCAAAUCAUAGUUGAACUGGCUUGUAUAGUUACUACAAUCUCGUACAGUUAAAACCUAAGUGUAUACACGCUUCAGUGGACAUGACCCCGGCUGUUAAUAAGAUGUUAAACAAAAUAAAUCAAACCAACGGCCAUUUUGUCUGAUGAAGGUGACAGAGUGUAGAAUGUACAUAUAUACUACAUAAAUACAUUUAUGCAUGGAGAUGACGUCACACAUUCUUGUGUACUGGGACAGAAUAUGAAGUACAGCAACAUCACUAUUUACAUAACACGUGGGCUUUACGUUGUACCGGACUCUGUAAGUACGGUUUUAAAUCUACCUCUGUAGACAUCUGCAGGCUUUAACGAGAUGUAAUUAGUUCUAAAAAUGUCUGAAAAACAAAUAAAGACAUCUCGUAUUGUGGUUUAAUUCACCGCGCUAGCAUUUCGGUUAUUCAAUUACCAUAUCGCUGGUGUGUAUAUGCUUUCAUAGUCUUAAAAUGGCUCAAGGAGGCUGGUUUGGUUUAGUGUUGUAUAGUCACUGAAAAUCUACACGUGACGGACGUAACAGUGUUAUUUUUCAACGACGAAAUUGAAUUCAAGAUUCUAGACUGUAAGGAAAGAAAAUGGAAUGGACAUACAGAUACCGAAUAAAUAGGAAAGACAAAAUGAGCUCAUACAUUAACAAGCCCAAACCGAAUAAAAAGGAAGACAAAAUGAGCUCAUACAUUAACAAGCAGAUAUCGAAUAAAAAGGAAAGACAAAAUGAAGUCAUACAUUAACAAGCAGAUAUCGAAUAAAAAGGAAAGACAAAAUGAAGUCAUACAUUAACAAGCCCAAACCGAAUAAAAAGGAAGACAAAAUGAAGUCAUACAUUAACAAGCAGAUACCGAAUAAAAAGGAAGACAAAAUGAAGUCAUACAUUAACAAGCCCAAACCGAAUAAAAAGGAAGACAAAAUGAAGUCAUACAUUAACAAGCAGAUACCGAAUAAAAAGGAAGACAAAAUGAAGUCAUACAUUAACAAGCAGAUACCGAAUAAAAAGGAAGGACAACAUGAAGUCAUACAUUAACAAGCAGAUACCGAACCGGGUACUUUAAAAUCCGACUCCUGAACCAGGUUAUGUUAAGUAUUUAUUUAAAUAUUUGAAGGUUGUGUUAAAUCGUGCUGAUUUGUCAAAUACAUAACUAAGAAUCAAAGUUUAUUAUAAGCGAUAGACGCGAAAAAAGAAGAAGCAAAACGAUAAAAGUAACUCACAUGCUGCCUGAACC